AUGGAUAAUCUGAAUGUCCUGGGCACAUCCAACAGAGUUACCCUCAGAUGGGUCCCGGGUCACUCAGGCAUAGAUGGGAAUGAAAAGGCUGAUGCAUUGGCAAGAAGGGGCGCUGAAACCCCAGAUUGUGGCCCAGAACCAUUCUGUGGCAUUGCAAAACAACAUGCCUAUUCAAUUCUCAAAAUUCACUGCAAUCGCCAAGCACUUCAAGAGUGGCAAUCCACUUCUGGACAAAUACACUCUAAAGCGCUAAUUAAGGGAUAUCGCAAAAAGUUUACAAAAGAGUUGCUUCAACUCAACAAGUAUAAAACCAGUGCAGUAACCAGAAUACUUACUGGUCACUGCAAACUCAAUAAACAUAUGUUUACCCUCGGCCUCAGUCAGACCGCAAUGUGCAGACUAUGCCAUGAGACAGAGGAAACUGCUAUGCAUAUCCUCUGCUCGUGCGGUCCACUCAUGCACCGCAGAAGUAUCUAUCUAGGGCAGCAUAUUAUGCAACCGGAAGAGAUACAGAUGCUCCCCGCUCAGAAAAUCUGGAAGUUCCUGGAGUCAACAGGACUAAGCGGAGAACUU